AUGAAUUUGAGUUUAAGAGACAACACAGUGCUAUUAAAAUUUAGUCAGUUUUUAGGGGAUAAUAAAUUAGAAAAUAAGUAAUUUUAAUAACAAAGAAGGGUUCUUGAAUUAGAAUAGGAAUUAUACCCAUCUGCUGAUAUUGCUAAAAAAACUAAUAAAAAAUUUGAAUCAAAAAAUCCUUUUGUAAAGAAAUCAUUAGAUAACUUUGGUCCUUUUAAUUUUGAUUAGUGCAAUUAACUUUCAGGGGCUUAAUAUCUCCCUCCUAUUGUAACUUUUGUCUUUGUUAGUUAAAUAGGAAUUUAAUAAUGGAAUUAUAUAUUAAGGAUAAUGGUUAAAUAAAAAAAGAUGUGGCAGAGGCUAAUAAUUAUUUCCAGAUGGGACUUUGUAUGAGGGGAGUUGGAAAGAUGAUAUGGCAGAUGGUUUUGGGAGAUUAAUUACGCCUGAAGGGGAUACAUAUGUAUUAAUGCAUUUUAUAAUAAGAUUGGAUUUUGGAAAGAGAAUGAAAAAGAAGGUUUAGGAACUAUGUAUUAUGAAAAUGGAGUCAUUUUUGAAGGGGAAUUUAAAAAGGAUUUGGAAAAUGGAUAAGGAAUAGAAAAAUGGCCAGAUUAAAGUAUGUUUUAAGGAAAUUACACAAAUGGAAUUAAGGAAGGUUUUGGCAAAUAUAAAUGGACUGAUGGAUCUAUAUUUGAAGGAAUGUUUAUAAAUAAUUAAAUAAAUGGUAAAGGAAAGUAAAUUUGGUCUGAUGGAAGAGUUUAUGAAGGAGAUUGGGUAUAAAACAAGAUGCAUGGAGUAGGAACUUUUAUUUGGCCUGAUGGAAAGAAAUAUGUUGGAAAUUAUAAGGAUGAUUUGAAAGAAGGAUAUGGAGAAUUUUAUUGGCCUGAUGGAAGAGUGUUCAAAGGGGAAUGGUACAAUGGUCAUCCUCAUGGGAAAGGAGUAUUUUAUGAUAAAACAGGAAGGUAGGAAGAAGGAGAUUGGGAACAUGGAAAAAAAAUAAAAAUAGUUGA